CUCCGCAGCAGGUGGUGCCUGCCUGGGAGGGGGAAAGGUGAGCGCUUCAGCCGCGGCCGAGGGAGGGAAGGCAGGCAGGCAGGCAGGCGGCGAGGCUGGGAGAGAGUCUGGGCUGCCCGGCCGUGUCUGGUCUCCGGGCCGGGGCGGGUUGCCCAAUGAGAGCCCACCGGAGGUGUCAGUCUCCCCCGCCUGCUGCUGCCCCCGAGCCCACCCCUCCGGCGUGUCAUCAGCCGCGCUCCCCCCAGAUGCCCGUCCAGGGGGCUGCCUGCCUCGGAUCGGUUCCUUCCCGGCCGGGCACAGGCUAGCGCAUCUCCGCAGGGAAGCCGCCCGGGGCUCGGUAGGCGAGCUGGACUCGGCCCGCGGCCGGAGGCUGGCCAGGGGGGUGCGGCCAAGGGCGUCUCCUCUCGCCCGGCCCGCUCUGGAGCUCCGCUUGCCCUCCGCCGCCUCCUCAUCUCCACCAGGCUCCGGGAAGAGAAUUAUGCUCGGCCAAACCCGCUUGGCAAGCGCUGCAAGGAUUGCCUGGGCUCCCGGGGGCACCCGACGGGCGGCCGAGGGUCUCCGUGCCCCCUCCCGCCUCUGCUUGCCGCUGGUCCUGAUGCUGCUCACUGUCCCGCCCCGCGUGGACUCUUCUUGGUGGUAUAUUGGGGCGCUGGGAGCAAGGGUAAUCUGUGAUAACAUCCCUGGACUGGUAAACAAACAGCGACAACUGUGCCAGAGUUACCCAGACAUUAUGCAGUCAGUUGGAGAAGGAGCAAAGGAGUGGAUCCGGGAAUGCCAGCACCAGUUUCGUCACCACCGCUGGAACUGCAGUACUUUGGACAGGGACUACACAGUCUUUGGCAGAGUCAUGCUACGAAGUAGUAGGGAAGCUGCCUUUGUCUAUGCCAUCUCCUCUGCUGGAGUUGUAUAUGCCAUCACCCGGGCUUGCAGCCAAGGUGAGCUGAAAGCCUGCAGUUGUGAUCCCCACAAGCGGGGCCGUUCCAAAGAUGAUAGAGGAGAAUUUGACUGGGGAGGUUGCAGUGACAACAUCAACUAUGGGAUCAAGUUUGCAAAAGACUUUGUGGAUGCCAAGGAGAAAACAGUGAAAGAUGCCCGGGCCUUGAUGAACCUGCACAACAACCGCUGCGGCAGAACGGCUGUGAAACGUUUUUUGAAACUCGAGUGCAAAUGUCAUGGUGUGAGUGGCUCCUGCACUCUAAGGACAUGUUGGUUGGCAAUGUCAGACUUUCGGCGAACAGGAGAUUACUUAAGGAAAAAAUACAACGGGGCCGUCCAAGUCACCAUGAACCAGGAUGGCACUGGAUUUACCGUGGCCAAUAAGAAUUUCCGGAAACCCACGAAAACUGACCUUGUAUAUUUUGAGAACUCUCCUGAUUACUGUGUGAUGGACAAGUCUGCAGGUUCAUUAGGGACAGCAGGGCGAGUGUGCAACAAGGCAUCACGUGGGACAGAUGGGUGUGAGGUCAUGUGCUGCGGCCGAGGUUAUGACACCACCCGAGUGACGCGAGUUACCAAAUGUGAGUGCAAAUUCCACUGGUGCUGUGCAGUCCGCUGCAAAGAGUGUGAGGACACCGUGGACAUCCACACAUGUAAAGCACCAAAACGGGCAGAAUGGGUAGACCAAACUUGAGACAGUGUGGAAUGGAGCCAGAGAGAGAAAAGAAAAAACUGGCAUAAUGCCACUCACAGUCCUGGGCAUUCUGGGAGUUGUAGUUCAACUGCAUGGCUUUUAUUUAAUUAAUUCUGCAAAGCACUAAAAGGAGAAGACCACAUUUCCCAGGGAGGGGGAAACAUUGAGCUCUUCUGCUCACCCGCAAAACUCACUCCCUACAUUUUUUAAAAAAGGAAAUCUGCAAAUUACAUCGAACUGUGGUGUUUCCUACAAAUAGUGACAUUCUGUAUUUAAAAAAGGAGAGAGAAUGCAAUUUCAUAGGAGCUCUGGAGACCAAGAAUCAAGUUGCAAUUAGCUGCAAGACCUAAAGCCAGUGAAGUGUACCAAAAUGCAAGAGAGAAAAAAUCUCUCAGCCCUGGAAGAAAGCAUUCUUCUCCUCAAAGAAAGACAGCUAUACAGCAUUAGGAAACUCUAAUACUCUGCUAAGGUCUUCUCUCAAACAGAGGCCACACAUGCCUGCACUAUGGACAGUGUCUGGACACAAGCAAUGUUGUGUAAAAGGACUGCUAAUUGUCCUCCUCAGCUGGAGAUGGAAUUACAAGUUAUCUGCAAAAAGAAAAAGAACAGUAUCUACAGUCAGGGAAAGUCAGAGCGCACAGGUGUGUCUGGACAAACUGGUAGGUUUUCAAAGGACACUAAUAUAAUAGUGACUGUUUUGUACAAACUCAAUUGUACAUUUUGUACACAGCUUUAAAUACUUUAAA